UCAACUACUCAUCUCCCUUCUUAUCCAACAAAAAAUCCAGCAAUGGCAACAGGUGGUGGCGCGUCUGGCACGAAAUUUCGGAUGACUCUUGGUCUGCCAGUGGGAGCUGUGAUUAACUGCGCAGACAACAGCGGCGCAAAGAGCUUGUUUAUCAUCGAGCCUUUCGGAUUUGGCGCCCAUCUAAACAGACUACCCGAUGCUGGUGUUGGCGACAUGGUUGUGGCCAGUGUUAAAAAGGGCAAGCCUGAGUUGCGCAAAAAGACGAUGCCUGCUGUGGUGAUUCGUCAACGAAAGGCAUGGCGGCGGAGGGACGGCGUAUUUCUCUACUUCGAGGACAACGCUGGUGUCAUCGUCAACCCGAAGGGUGAGAUGAAAGGCUCUGCGAUCACCGGUCCCGUCGCGAAAGAAUGUGCUGACCUUUGGCCCCGUAUUGCGUCGAAUGCAGGAACAGUAGUCUGA